AUGUCGAACGUGGAUGCCCCAAAGCCUGGUCCUGUUGCCCACGCGGGGGGCAGGUCUAGCAAGCGCAAGUCCCUAGACUUCUUCUCGCGAAACCUGCAAGGCUCCGGCUCGCUCACGCCCCACUUGCCGGAGGGCACGAAGCGGGAGGACUCCGUGAAGAACGCGCUGCCACGGCUGGACGAGCACGAGGACGAGAGCGCUGCCGACGACGACACGGAGACCGUGCCGCGGCAGAAUAGCUCGCCCGCGGUCUCCACCAACUUCCUGGGUCCCUCGGACGCCGACACGGAGGGAAUGGUCAACGCGCGCACCGUCACCACGGCGGGAAACACCAUCUUGUACGGAGCUGCCUCACGGCCGGGAGUGCAUCCUGUGCAGGGCACGAAGGUGAACCAGGACGGAUGGGUCGCGGUGGAGAACUUCGCGCACUCGGACACGCUGGUUCUCGGGGUGUUUGACGGGCACGGGACGAACGGGAAUCAUGUCUCCAACUUCCUCAUCCACGUGCUGCCAGAGUGCUUGCAAGCGGAGAUCUCGCAGAGCAACGCCGGCAAGCUCACUCCCGGCGUGCUGACAGCGGCGUUCACCGAGUGCGACCUCAUGUUGCGCGAACAGGACGGGUUCAACGUGCACAUGUCGGGGUCGACGGGCGUCCUGGUGGCCUUCCAGGGCAACAACCUCGUCCUGGCGAACUUGGGUGACUCGCGGGCGGUGCUGGGGUCGAUGGAGGGCAACACGGUCAAGGCAACCGCCCUGACCACGGACCACACGCCGGACCUCGAGGCAGAGGCGCAGCGGGUCGUACGCAGCGGUGGCGAGAUUCGCCCUCUGAUGUUCCGCGGGGAGUUCUUCGGCCCGCAACGGGUAUGGGUGCGCGGCACGAACCGUCCGGGCCUGUGCAUGACGCGUUCGUUCGGCGAUGUCUACGCUCACAUGGUGGGCGUCACCCACGUGCCCGAGGUGACAGUCGUCCCGGUGAAGGCCAGCGACAAGUUCCUGGUGGUGUGCUCGGACGGCAUCUCUCAGUUCAUGAACGACGAUGACAUCAUGCGCGAGGUCUACAACGGAUACAGCAUGGGGCACCCGCCGCACAUCGUCGCCCGUCAGCUCUGCAUCCUUGCCGCACGGGAGUGGACCAAGUACGACACAUGCAUCGAUGACUGCACUGCGAUCGUUGCAUACCUCACGCCCGGUGCUGGCGAGGAGAGAGGGCUAGCCGCGCAGCUGGCGAGCACGGCGAAGCGCAUCUCCAGCCGCGACCUCGCGGAGAACGCGCAGAACACGGGCAGCCCGAAGUCGAUGCUCGUCACGCAGAGGUCCUCGCUCCCCGCCCACCGACGUCACAGCAUGGACUACCGCCAGUCGCCGCUCGGGAUCGCGCCCGUGCUGCCGCGGCAGGCUAGCCCCCGGGUGGCGCAGGCUGGCGCUUCGCCUGUGUCCAACGGCAUCGGGGGGCGCCUGAACAAGGAGAUGCGCAGGUCCUCUCUGGGCCAGCGGCCAGGCGCGCAACGGUCGACGUCGUCUGCCGAGAAGUCGGAAGAGUAUGCUGAGGACGGCUCGCUCAUGAGGUCGCUCAAAACGGCGCUCGCUGGCAAGCUCUUCAAGUCCCGCCGUCCCAGCGCUCCUGUCGGUCACCGCCCAGGCGGGAUGACGGGCAGCGGUGCGGGAGACACCAGUGCGAACAGGGUGCGGGCCGCGGAGCAAGGCAUGCAGAACCUGAACGUCAAUCGUCGCUGA